CCUUUCCGGAAGUGAAACGCGGAGCUUCGGCGUGUGUAGCGUGACUGAGCGUCGAACUAAGGAAGGAGCAGAAAAGCUCUGGGCUGGUAGUUCGUGGUGUCCUUGGCGCUAUUACUGUGAAAGCCUCGCUUUCCCAGCAUUCUGUGUCCGUUUCCCGCAACGUUCUGUUCUGUCGCGUGCUGUAAGCAACGAUCUUGAGCGGAAUUCUCUCCAGGGGCUACGCUCGGAGUCUUCCUUCCUUCCUUCCUGUACGGGCCGGCCUCUCGCAGUGCUGGCUAUGAGUAGCGAUUCACCCUCCCCUACGGCAUCAGCCAUGGCAUCCUAUACCUGCAUCACUUGCCGGGUGGCAUUCAAAGAUGCUGACGUUCAGCGUGCUCACUACAAGACGGACUGGCACAGAUACAACCUGAAGCGGAAAGUUGCUGACAUGCCUCCUGUGACUGCUGAGAACUUCCAGGAGAGGGUUCUGGCUCAGAGGGCGGGCCUGGAGGAGCAGGAGAAGGUCACUGCCACGUACUGCACAGCAUGCAGCAAGAGAUUUUCCAACUUCAAUGCAUAUGAGAACCACCUGAAGUCCAAGAAGCACUUGGAGCUUGAAAAGAGAGCUGUCCAAGCAGUCAGCAAGAAGGUGGAGCUCUUGAAUGAGAAGAACUUGGAGAAAGGGAUUGUUGAAGACAGCGUGGACAAGGAUGCCAUGAAUGCAGCUAUCCAGCAAGCCAUCCGAGCCCAGCCGUCGUCCUCUCCCAAGAAGGUGUCCUUGUUUCCCAGUGGCACUGCUGGCUCCCAAGUUGCUGCAGAAAGCAGCACCUCGUUGCGGAGUAGGGAACGUGGGGAAAAGCCACCUCGAUUACAGUGGUUUGAGCAGCAGGCCAAGAAGCUUGCAAAGCAGCAGUCUGAGGAUGAGGAGGAAGAGGAGGAUGGUAUGGAGGAAGGUUGGGAGGAUAUAGACUCGGAUGAAGAUUUAGAGUCUGAAGAAGGACAGAUGGAAGGAAUCCCAGAUGAAGCAGAAGAAGGAGCUUCUGGGCAAGACCACCUCGGCACUGAUGCGAUCCCAGUAACAAACUGCUUAUUCUGUUCCCACCAUUCGAGUUCUCUCAUGAAGAACAUCGCCCACAUGACAAAGGCUCACAGUUUCUUUAUUCCAGAUAUAGAAUAUCUUGUGGAUCUCAGAGGGCUGAUUACAUACUUGGGAGAGAAGGUUGGGGUUGGGAAAAUCUGCCUGUGGUGUAAUGAGAAGGGGAAAUCCUUUUACACAACAGAAGCUGUGCAAGCACAUAUGAAUGACAAAAGCCACUGCAAGCUCUUCACAGAGGGAGACGUUGCUCUGGAGUUUGCAGACUUCUAUGAUUUCAGGAGCAGUUAUCCUGACCAUCGGGAAGGGGAGGAUGUGGAGAUGUCUGAGGAAGCGCCUCCAGAAAAGAACAUAGAGUAUGACGAUGAGUCUAUGGAGUUGGUGUUGCCUUCAGGUGCCAGGAUUGGCCACCGUUCCUUGAUGAGAUACUACAAGCAGCGGUUUGGUUCCACACAUACUGUGGCUGUUGCGAGAAACAAACAGGCGGUGGGUCGGGUGUUGCAGCAGUAUAAAGCCCUCGGCUGGACGAGCAGCACAGGAGCAGCACUGGCUCGUGAGCGUGACAUGCAGUACCUUCAGAGGAUGAAAGCGAAAUGGAUGCUGAAGACCGGCAUGCAGAACAACGCUACAAAGCAGAUGCACUUCCGCAUGCAAGUCCGGUUCUGAGAGUGCCCAAGGACAUGUGUGGAGAACCUGAACUUGCCUCGGGCCGUUGGCUGGUAGAAUGGAGGAUCCCAGAGUUGAGUAUUACUGCAUUGAAAUGGAGGCCAGUGCCUGGGAAGUGGUCUCUUGUAUGCUGUUGUUUUCCAAGAAGGCUUUCUAGCCUCAUGUGAUUUUGCCUGUCAGACUUUAGAUCAAUAAAGCCUAUGCAUAAAAA